AAGAAAAUUCAAAUAAGCAGACACAAAUCACGUCAGCUGAGGUCCUAUACAAACACUACAACCACUAGGGAGUGGCAACUACCUUUCUUCAUAAAGUUGAAUUGUAUACUCAUGUCCUUGUAUAGAAAUAUAGGAACCACAGCAGAGGGUUUUUGAUAUAAACGACCCCACGUAACUCACUCUAUUUGUGUAUUUCUAUGUGCACCGGGGUCAAGGUGCAUCACAUCGUUGUCAGGAAGCAGAAUAGAGGGGGAGCUGAGCCAACAUCUGUUGUUAUUGUCUGCGCUGUAUCCUCUCCCUGUCUGACAGUCCUUUUAGCCGACCAGAGGACUGCUUUCUCUGUGUAGGUUGACGUCUGUUCCCCGGCGGAUGAAUGGCAAUGACGGUAGCGAGAGCGGUGGCAGCGGGCGGCCCGGCGUCUUUGUCCCGGUUCAGGGGAGCGCUGGUGGCGGCUGUGCUGGGGGAUUGUGUCGGCGGAGAGUUUGAAGGAGCGGAGGAGGUUCCCAUGGAGAGCGUGCUGCAGCAUCUCAGCAGCCUGGACGACGAAACCAAAGGGAAUGGUAUCCUUGAGUACAGUGAUGACACGGCCAUGGCGCGUUGUGUGGUCCAGUCUCUUCUCACCCGGGCCGGCUUCGAUGAGCGGGACAUGGCUCGCAGGUUUGCUAAGGAGUACAGUGCGUCCCCGGGUCGUGGGUAUGGAUCCGGAGUGAUCCAGGUGCUGAAGAAACUGUCCUCCCCUCAGCUCAGUGACGUGUACCAGCCGGCAAGAGACCAGUUUAACGGUCGAGGGUCCUUUGGGAACGGGGGAGCCAUGAGGGCGGCCCCCUUCGCACUGGCUUUCCCUGACCCAGCUGAUGUAAAAAAGUUUGCUCAUCGUGGUGCCAUGCUGACACACUCCUGCUCUCUGGGUUAUAACGGGGCAGUGCUGCAGGCAUUGGCUGUGCACCUCUCCCUGCAGGGGGCGCUGGACCUGCCCCAGAAAUUCAUCAGCACCCUGAUCACAGAGAUGGAGGACGUGGAAAGCAGCGAGGCGACACUCAACGACGCCAGAAUCCUAAAGGAAGCAGAGAAGCCGUUCUGUGAGCGCCUCCACAGAGUGAGCGACCUGAUGAACCGCAGCAAGGUCAGCAUCGAGGAGGUCAUUUCUGAACUGGGUAACGGCAUUGCAGCGCUCCACUCAGUCCCCACUGCCAUCUUCUGCGUCCUGCACUGCCUGCAGCCCCGAGAAUGCCUCCCAGAGAACUACGGUGGCCUGGAGAGGACAAUAGCGUACAGCCUUGCCUUGGGAGGGGACACAGACACCAUAGCCUGCAUGGCAGGGGCCAUAGCCGGGGCCCACUACGGCAUCGAGGCUAUCCCUCAGUCAUGGAUAAAGUGCUGCGAAGGGGCGGAGGAUGCAGACAUGAACGCAGAGCGGCUCCACAUGCUGUACCAGCAAACAUCAAAGGGGGGUGGGGCAGGGGAGCAGAGCUGUGGAGCUAAAAGCCAAUCAAAAGCUUCUAACGGCACAGAGAAGAAACCCAAAGCGGAGUGAUUUUCACUGAGUUUGACAAAAAGACUCUAGAACACACAUGUGUUGAUUUCAAAACUAUGACAAAAUAUGUAUCUUUAUCCCCACAUGACUAAAAGAAGACAAUGAUGAGACGCCACCGACGUCAUUAAAGACUAACUGUGACAAUAUCACCUUGCAAUAUUCAUGAAAACAAAUAUGUAGUUAAAAAAUAUAAACUUCACUAAAAUCUUUUUAUUAUAACUUCUACUUCUGUUCCCCUCCGUCUCUCUGAAAAACACACACAUACCACAUGCCCUGACACUUCUUUUCUGUCAGUCCUGACAGUUGUAAGUGCUACUAUAAGGCAUAAAGUUAAUUUACAAGUUGGAUUGGGUUUGGGUUAUUAUUUUAUAUUAUUAUUAUUAUUAUUUUUCUAUGUGAGGUGGUGCACAUUGGCUCUCAUUACGGCUGGAUGGAUUUAACUGACCCACAGUGCAGAUGAACCAAUGAACACAUUCAGUAGGAAUGGAGGCGGAGCUGUGCAUAUAAUCAUUAAACCUGUGUUAAUUAUCAGAAAAUGAUAAGAUAUAAUCUUCUGUGAACAAAGUUUAUCUAAAAUGACAGAAUCAUUGGUUUUGGCUGGACUAGAUUGACGGGAAUAGAGUAAAAGUUGCCUAAGUGUUAUGACUUUACAUCGACUAAAACUAUGAAGGCCAACUAUGAUGACUUAAAAACUAAACUAAAAAGCCACUUCGCCACUAUUCCUUCAAUUUUAAACUCAUGCUCAAGGUUAACCCAUAAAUAAACAUUUUGACUUGAAGUCUUCAGUAGUGGGGGGUUCCCUACGCCCACAGCCACUAAAGAUCGUCAAAGUUAAACACACAAGAUACAUAACCAGACAGAAUAUAUUACCUUUAUAAUAACUGUCAUAGAUACAGUUGGUGUGUGUAUGCAAGCCACACACACACACACACACACACUCCUGCUCUUUCCUGUUUUGUGUUGAACAGUCUUCUGUCUUGUGAAAGUUGCACUAUGGAUUGGCCAUGUCUCGUUUUAUCCUUUUGAUGGAUAACAAUUAUUGAAUAAACUUUUUUUUUGUAAAUUCA